AGACAGGCAGAAAGUGCUCCCGCCUGGCAGGACAACUCUCCAAGUGUUCCGCUUGAAGAAAAGAUUAAAUGUAUAGGACGCGUGUUUUGUUCACCAGUGCAGUAAGCAACAGUGACUGAACAUUUAAUCUUUGCAUUGCCAAUAGCAUCUGACUUUUCUCAGUUCAGCGAUACAAGACUUUUAAAAAUGGACAGUGCUGAACCAGUUCCUGAGAGAAAAAUGGCUGUUCAGGGUCAUGGUGUAAGCACCUGCAGUCAGCAUUAUGAGCUCUUGACCACCAAAGUAAGCAUCUGCUCAGUAAUUGCCAUUACAGGCAAGAAUAAAGUUGUCCUGCUUCAUGCCGACUCCAGCAUCAAGGAAGAAGACAUCCAGGAACUUGUCGAUGAUUUGAAGACAGAUGUUGAGGAUGAUCCAAAUCCUAAGAUUAGCUAUGUCUGUUCCAGCAAAGACGGAUAUGUUGAGAUGUGGAUGGACAUCAUGGGCGGACUGCUUCCAGAGUUCUGCUACCCGCAUCGGUCUCGGAUCAAGUUCUCUGCCGGGAAGUUUGGUGUAUGCAGCCUGGAUGAAUCCAUGGAAGACUACUAUCACCUACCCAAGUCAGACCUGAUUGCCUUGGUGGACACAGAAUGUCUUUGGGCUUCUCUUUACUUUACUGACUCUAUCCGCUUUGGCCCCGUGCUCCUUGACACCAUGGAAGACCUCACAGAAGGCUUGAUAGCUGCAGGUAACGCCCUCUCUGUAGUGCAUCUGCUGAGCUUUGAUGGCAUCAUCAAGGAGAUACAAGUUGAUGCUUUCCUACGGCGCUACUGGAAGUCCACUAUACUUGGAAGGUUCCUUGAAGAGUUUUCACCCAACAUCUUGCCUUUGUUUGAGGGAAUGACCCAUCUGAGUGUUGCAGAAGUUCUUAGCAAAGAUCAGAUUAAGGAGGAGGACAAGAAGAAGGUCGAGGACAUUGUGGUGGACUAUGGCAUCCUGGUUCUUUCUUUUCUGGACAAUCUGAAAGACUAUGCUUACCCAAAUGCAUUCACAGGCAAGCAGGAAAGCAAAGCAAGUGCACCAGACUCUCCACCAUCAAAAUCUCCAUCAAAAUCUCUGCCAUCAAAAUCUCCACCAUCAAACUCUCCACAAGAGAAGACGAAUGGACAACAACCAGGCAGGCCAUCCAGAAGAGGUUCUCAAAGUGCAGACACUCUUGGACCUUUGCUGUUUGAGGAAUCUUUUAAAAAUGUCAAAAUAAGCAACGAUGGGCCUCCCAACCAACCCAGGCCCCGGAGAGCAAGUGCUAUAAAGUUGUAUGAAAAGAAGAGAUAGGUUUCCAAGGCAGGAUGUUUAUGAAUCAAAAGCAUGCUAGGGGUUACGUAAACUAAAAAAAUAAUUGUAAAGUGACAUGCUUUUUGAAACUAAAAGCUGAAUUGUUGGAUUUUAACUCUAAGUGGUAAUGAGUUUGGCAAAAAUUACUGCUGCAUAAAACAUAUUGAUGCUUAAUAUCUUGCCUUUUAUGUGCAUGUUUUGUUAACUUAAAUUGAUAAAAGAGAAUAAUACAGAUGUCAUUGAAGUUCCCUUUUUUUUUACUGUACUUGCAAUUGCUGCUAAUACUUCACUUGUACCAUAAAAUGUACAGUUGCACAUGGCUUGGUAUAUAAUGGUUUGCUUCCUGUGAUAAUUUAAAUUCUGUUCUUAAGUAAUGUGGUUUAACUAUGGAGAGCCAAUUGUGAAAGGUAUUCUCAAACAGUACAAGUUCAGUUUGUCAGCUCUUUAACCACUCAAAUCAUUCAUAACUGACAGGGAAUAAUUACUGAAUUUGUUCUCUUUGUCAUUAGAGCACGAGGAAAGAGCGCAGUAUAAAGAGGGGAGACAUGCAUUACAAUGUAAAUAUAAUCUGAGAUUUUUUGGCUUUCCAUAAUUUUUUAUUGUAACGUAGAGUUAGACCAUGGCCUAAGUUAAUCUAGACGUCGGAAUUUGGGCCAUUGAAAAAAAAAUGAAAUGUUCAUAAAGAGUUCCUUGGCCUUAGAUAACUGUAGACCACAUGUACAACCGAUGUAGUGAUCUGACUGAAAUUGUGAUGUAGUUGUCAGGGAGUGCAUUGAUUUUAAUAACAUCUCAUAUUUUUUUUAAUAGUCUGGUCUGGGCAAGUAGGGCUUAAAAUGUCUAGUGCUUCACAAUAUUCAGUUCUAUUGGAGAAGAACUGGUGCUCCUAUCAUACUUUAAUAUAUGCUCCAUCCAAUUAGUCAAAAUGGAAGAUCUAAGAGUCAGCUGGGUGCAACUAGUAUUUUUAUUAUUAUUCAUUUUGACUCUGUUUAAAGUAAAAUACCGUAAGAUAUCUGACUAGACAUAUAAAUUUCACCAAGCCUACUAUAUCCAUUUUAGAUACUUUGUUUUCAGAUUAUGAAAAGGAAAUAUUGUUCACACUCUCAGCUCAGAAACUUUCAAGAAACUUUGCCUGUGGUUAUGCCACAUUCUUGACCAAAAAUUGCCAUUUUAGGAAAUUCAUUUUGGAUGUGUAUUGAGGAUUUUUAUGUGAUGUAUAUUUUUUAUAGACACAUAGGCCUACAGCUUUCAAAUUUCCUUUGUCUGAAAUGCUUUGUAACUCCACACAAAUAAAGGAACAAUGUUAAUUCUUGCAGAAUUCCAGCAUUUUGAAUCAAAAUUAUGAAUAGUUGCAGAGCCCUUUAGAAUUGACUCCAAUGGAAAAAUAUUAUCAUAAUGCCCUUACAGAUCAAAAUGAUUUUUUGUUAUUAAAAAAAUUUGUAAAUUAUUGAUUUG